AUGCAUCAUAAGUAUCACAUAUAUAUUAUAUGUGCAUGGUCGUUUUUAUUGACAAUAACAUCAUACAAAAAAAGUCUACUUUUCAAUCUUGCUUCCUUGAUGGCUGAACACUGUAUUAGUUUUAAUCCAAGUGUAUUUAAGCCGAAUAUAUGUCGUGACUGUUUUCAAGACGAACAACACCAUCAAAAUACUGUAACUUCAAAUGAACAUAGAUCAUCUGCUGUUCAAACAUCUACCUGUCAUGAAACAACUAAUAACAAUGAUCAAUACAAUCAGAAUAAAACAGCUACAAAUUUUAAACAAAGAUCAGUUCAACCGUCAUCCCAAACAACUAUGCUUUCUCAAUGUGAAUACGGCAUUUCAUGUUCUAUAAGAGAUAGUAACCAUUUUGAGCAGUUUUUGCAUUCACCCAUUCACAAAAGAGAUCAUACUUCAAAUACAAGUCCUUCUCCAGUGAAUAACAAUAAUAAAGUUGCUCAACAUAGCACAAAUGAGCAGGACAUGAUACCUUCAAGUGACAUAUUAUCUACGAAGACACUUCCACAAUGUAAAUAUGGUUUAUCAUGUUAUAGUACACAUCCUAGUCAUUUUGAGCUUUAUUCACAUCCAUCUGAUCAUAAAAGUCAAGAAAAAUCCUCGAAGUUUGAUGACGUUAGCACCCCUGUCAUUAGCAAUGAUAGUCCUUCUUCAAUGACACCUACGUCUAGGCCUGCUAAUCAAUGCAAGCUCAAACUAAAAAGAAAACGUGAAGAACGGAAGAAAUCUGAACUUCAUUUCAUCGAAUUGAUACAAAAUAAAAUAGAAAACUUGACCGUUCAGUUACAAUUGAAAGAGGAAGAAGUUACAAAAUUGAGUCAAGAUCUAACAAAAUUGGUUACAUAUAAUCAACAAUUAGAAAUGACACUUGAAGAAGAAAUAGAUCAUCGUGAACGACGUGAGUUAGAACGAAAGCAAAUUUUGGCUAUUCCAAGACAGACACCGAUGUAUUGGGGUCUGAAUGCAUUUGAAGAAUCUUAUCGUGAAAUCGAAUUAUCGAGUCAAUCACCUGAAUUUAAUAUUAUCAAACAGCUGUUGAAUUCAACAAUAUCAAAACAUGACAAUCAAUACGGAACGGUUAAUAAUCGAGAUCCAACGAAAUUUUUAAUAAACAGAAUAGUACGAAUACAUAAUAAUGAAUUAUGGCAUCUUUAUUGCUUCAAAAAGGACAUAAUCAUUCGUCAAAAUAAUGAUAGACUGGCUGAUUGUGGUAGUUCAAUUUACUUGGAAACUUGUCCAGUACUGACACCUCUAUUAGACACACGAACAAAUGAAUAUUGGCUUUUUCACGGAUGUAGCCAAAAUAAUUUAUAUCAUUUGUUACAUAAUGGUUAUGAUCCCCGUGUUUCCAAUUUGAAGGGUAGGUUUGGAGGUGGUUUUUAUUUGGCUGAGAAUUCCUCAAAAUCAAAUCGAUAUAUUCCUUGCCCUGGAUGUGGUCAAAAUUUUAUAGGUAGUAUUUUGGGAUGUCAUUGUAUCAAUCAAGAAGAUCUCGAGUUUUCAAUGAUUCUCUAUCGUGCUGCGUUGGGCGAUGUGCAUGUAGCAUUGAAAUAUGAUAGAGAAAAAUACAGUCAUGGUCCAAAUGGGCAAUGUAUUCGUCGUCCACCGAAGAAAGCACACAGUAAAGAAUUGUAUGAUUCAGUAAUGGGUGAAAGUAUGAAAUAUGGUGGUGAUCGAUUGAAACAUCGUGAAUUUAUUCUCUAUGAUGCCGGUCAAGCUUAUCCUGAAUAUGUUAUUUAUUUUCGUCGUUCAGCAAAAAAUCCACUUCAACCAAUUAAUCUUGCGCAUGAAACAACAACUACUAAUAAUAUUGAACAAUGGACUGUUGGUCGUGAUACAGCAUUUCAUAUUGGUCGGAAUUUAACUAUUAUACCUCAUAUUAAAGAUUUAUGUGUUAAGCAAGCUAAACAGUUAAACGUAACAAUAGCAACAUUAAUUGGUUUUUAUCCGAUGGCAUGGACAAUAUUAGCUGCAUUAGGUUCACUUAUUGAUCCAUCGAUUGGUAUUACACUUGUUUCUUUUCUUACAUUUACUAAUUCAAUUUCAAUUGCAAUUAUUGUUGCAACAAUUGUUGGACUUUCGGUAAAAAAUUAUCCUAAAUAUUAUCGACAAAGAAUUAAUCGACAACAAUGGCAAAAUCACUGUUCGAAUGCAACACAAUUGACUUAUGAUUGUACAGCUCCUUUUCAUAAACAAUAUCAAUCUUUUAGAAAACAACAACAACCUGCAAAAGAAUCAAAAUCACGAACAAGAGAAGAAGAAAGACAAGUUCCAAUGGAUUUAUAUAAUUUAUUAUCAGUUAGUCGAACAGCAACAGAUAAAGAAAUAAAACGUGCUUAUUUAAUUAAAGCGAAAAAACUUCAUCUAGAUCGAAAUCCAGGUGAUAAAAAAGCUGAAGAUUUAUUUAAAAAAGUAAAUCAAGCAUAUGCUAUUCUAUCAGACAAAUAUAAAAGAGAACAAUAUGAUUAA